AUGCCUACAGUGAAUCUAGCGAGUGGGUUUAGGACUUACCGGACAAAUGUCAAUGCAGGGACAAUCAUGUCCAAUGUACUUGAAGAAGGAUGUAAACAUUUUCAACUUAGCCAAGGGCGAAAGUACAAGUUAAUGCAUAAUGACAAAAGAGUUGAUGAGUCUGUUCCAUACAGACUAAGCAAUCUUCCACAGGGUGCUACAUUGGCAAUUGAGCCGAGCGACGAAGACAAUGGCGACCAGGAUGGCCAUGAGGAGAGACAGGAGGUGAUUAUCAGGGGCCAUGUCUGUGGCGAGACUGUUGUUAAGAAGUACAAGAACAAGGAGACGCUACGGGAUGUAGUCUAUGGAAUCAUGAGGGAUGCUCAAAAGGAGGGUGAUGUGGUUGAUGUGCAAGUGCUGAUGAAGGUCAUCUCUGGAGAUUCACUUCAUCAGAAGUUGAAAGAUGUGGGUAUUAUUUCAGGCAAUCACAGUCUCCGUAUUAGGGUUAGAGAAAUCAUCAAGAGUGAUACAGCACCCGAAGGAGAGAUGGAUGAAGACCAAAGCGAGAACUUAGAGGAAAACAAUGACAAUAAUAAUGGUACAGUUGAGGGUGUCGGUGAUGUAGUCACGGGAGAGACACUAGUGUAUAUCCCCCAAAGUGAAGGUUCUGCAAAGUUUAAAUCUAGACUGGCCCGAGAUGUAGCCCCAGAUGGAGACACCGAUACAGAAUCGGAUGGGUCACCUGAGAUGAGUUUAUCACAGUUGCAGAAGUAUCGGGAGAUGCUCCAACGACAAUACAGCGAGCAGCCAUUGAUGACGAGGGCGAUGAGAGAGAAGUCUCUCUUGGAGAAGGAGAAGGAGAAGGAGAAGGAGAGGGCGCAAUACUACAGGCCUGUAUGUGAGAUGAGAAUCAAAUUCCCGAACAAUGAGGUUGUGCAAAUAACAAUAGACAAGAAUAAAACCUUAGGCGACUUGGCCCGUACAUUUGAGGAGCAUGUAUUGAGAGAUGAAUUGUUUCGGCAUCUGCAAGCAUCCAACAAUGGCACACAGAUAUAUUACAUGGUAUACUUGGCCAGGCCAUUUCAGUGUAUUCUACAUCAGGAUGCAGAUUUGCAACAGAGUAUUGCGAGCUUGCAGCUCGGAAAUAGAGUCUCACUUUUUUUCAAAGUUGACCCCCAAUACAGAGACUAUGUUGAUACCAGCAAGGGAUAUCUCAAGGAGGGUAUAUCUCAGGUGACAAAGACGGGAAUGCAUCACCGAGGAACGAUAGAUCCGAAGGAGUUAGAGUUGGAGGAGUUGGACAUCACACACAAUGGUGGGGGUUCAGCUUCUAGCAAAAAAAUGAAGAAAGUUCCCGCUUGGAUGAAGCUAUCUAGGAGAUAG